AUGGAACAACAUGGUUUGGACUCCGACGCCUGGGACAUGCCUCGCAAUCAGGACUUGAAUGGCUUCUCAUCAGAGAACAGCGAUGGGGAUCGUGAUGUGCAUGCACUACCUCCAAAGCCUUGUGAGCAGCCUCUAGCUGUACCGGACAUCCUUCGUCAUGUACGCAGCCGCAGCUCCUCAAGAAACUCCGGUUUGCAAAGCCGGGGCUCCUCCAAGAAGUCCACGGCUGCGCAGGAGUCCGCACGAAUUUUGGAAGGCCUCACAUCUUUCAAGGCAAAGCUCGCCGCCAGCCACAGGCAAACCAUGCAGUUGCUGGACAGUGAGCUGGAGAAGGUGAGGCGCCUCCCGACAUUCUAUGCCGCGUCUGACGGGUCUGUCCCGGAGAAGCUCCAGAAGCCCUCCCGAAGCGAGCUUCGGGAGCAUCGGAGCACCUCCAAGGACUUCAGGCUGCGCCUUCCGGGCGUGCUGGGCCAUGCAGACGAUGUGCCAGCAGUCAAGGAAAUGAAAGGCACAACGCAGCCGACCUACAUGUCCAUCUCGUUACCCGCAGCAGCAAUAACCCAGCGGAAGCGGCGAAUGUCAUGGAUCCACAAAAGUGGCUCUGCUAUCAAUGUCGAAGAGCUUCAAUCGGCAGAGCCGCUUGAUGAAUCUGAGCUACCUGACAUCGCACAUUUGACCCGCGACGAGAAGCAGAAGGCCAAAAAGGAUGCGACGGACGCCCUGCACAACGGCAUGCUUGCUCAACUCAAUGCCGAUGUCGCCAAAGAGAAUGUGCGCAACAAAGCAGCAGCAGAAUUUGGGAGAACACCGACGGAUGUCUUCAAAGAGGAGGGAUUCCUGGCAAAGCUUGCUGGUCAUCCCAUGUUCGAGCGCAUCACCAUGACCGUGAUAUUCCUCAACGCGAUUUGGAUCGGAAUCGACAUUGAACUCAAUCAUGCGGACGUCCUUGCCGAAGCCGACCCCGUGUUCAUCGUAGCUGAGAACUUGUUCUGUUUUUUCUUCUCCGCUGAGCUGACCAUCCGGUACUUGCUGUACACCCGAAAGGUAUACGCACUCAGAGAUAUGUGGUUCCUCUUCGACUUGUUUCUCGUUCUGUUGAUGGUUGUUGAAACUUGGUUCAUGCCACUGGUGCACAUCUUCUCUGCGGACUCAGCCGGUGCAUCGACUGGCGGACUCUCCGUUCUUCGAGUAGCCCGGGUGAUGCGAGUGCUUCGCACAGCACGCAUGGCCCGUUUGGUGCGCUUUAUGCCCGAGCUGAUGAUUCUCGUAAAGGGCAUGAUGGUGGCAUUCCGGUCUGUGUUCUUCACCUUACUCCUGCUUCUGCUUGUCACUUACGUUUUCUCGGUGGCCUUCAUGCAGUUCAGUCGGGGCAUCGAGACCUUGGAAACUACUCUCUUCAGGACGAUGGGCUCAACUGUGGAAACCCUCAUCCUGGGAUGUGUCCUGACCGAUCAAGCUGGCCUGAUUCGGGAGGUGGGCAAGGACAGCCCGAUAAUCGCGGCCUUGCUGAUAGUGUUCAUACUGGUGGGCUCGCUCACGGUGAUGAACAUGCUCUUAGGCGUUCUCGUCGAAGCCAUCAAGACAGUCUCCACCAUUGAGCGCGAGCAGCUGGAAGUCGAUUUUGCCAAGCGCGUUUUGUGGGAGAUGAUUUCGAAAGGAGAGGCAGACUCGGACGGAGACAAUAAAAUCUCCGAGGAGGAGUAUAUGCACGUUUUGCGGAAGCCAGAGGCGGUCACUGCGCUGACCAGCUUGGGAGUUGAUGUCGAGGCAGCCUUGGACUACGGCAAGCUGCUGUUCGAAGACGGUGAGCCUCUGACCUUCGGAGACUUCAUGCGUGGUAUACUAACCCUUCGAGGUUCCAACCAGACGACCGUCAAGGACAUAGUAGAUCUUCGCAAGUUCACGGGCGACGAAUUCUCGCAAGUUCACGAAGUCUUGAACGGCCUGGCGCAGUUUGUUAUGGCACAAGCAGCUGGACAUGAGCCUCCCCAAAUGCAGCCAACACUUUCGGUUUCCAGAAGGCAGUCUUUGGCUUCGCGCUCUUCGCAUGAGAAAGAGUGUAUCAGGUGA